AUGCUCACCAACGUCGUUUUUGCCACCGCCCUACUGGCAACCUUUGGGCAAGCUGCUGCAUCAUGCAAUUGCAGUCUCAAGGUCGAAAGUUUCAUCAGCCCGGGAUUCUCGUUGGAUGUCGUGUCGUCUCUGAUCAUCGGCUCUCAAGGUGCUGCGAUCAUUGACUUGCCCCUCGCAGUAGCUGCCGCGGAAACACUGGCUGAAUGGGUUAAGAACACAACUGACAAGCCUCUCUUGGCGGCUUUCACAACACACAAUCACCCCGAUCACUAUCUCAGUGGCAAGGCGUUCCUCCAACACUUCCCCGAGGCCAAGCACUACGCCACCCCCGAGACGGUACAGGGAAUUCAGCAUGAGGCUGUCAACAAGACUGAAUAUUGGUCUGCUGCCUAUGGCCCCGGCGUCAUCGCUCCCGUCCCUGCGAUUCCGACUGCCUAUAACUUCUCCUUUUUCACCCUCCCAGGCGACGAAAAAUGCCCGAUUGAGAUAAUUAAGAACGUUGGUGGCGAUACGAUUGAUCUAUCCUCGUUCUGGAUUCCGUCUAGCAAGACAUUGAUCGCAGGCGACGUCGUCUACGGCCACCAGAUGCAUACCUGGCUCGCCGACCUUCUCACACCUGCCCUCACAGAGUCUUGGCUCACGACUCUCGACUUCGUCGCGGGCCUCAGACCCAAGCUUGUUAUUCCCGGCCACGCGCUGUCAGCCGAUACCUUCAGUGCCAUCGCUGAUGUCGACCAUACAAGAAACUACGUUUCGUUCUUCCAGAAGAAUAUCGAAGCCAAGGGUCCCGACUUUUACACCCCGCAGGAGAUUUCGAACUUGAUCGAGGCUGCUUUCCCUGGCUUGACGAAUCUGACAUCUUCAACUACUUCGGCUACCCUGCUCAACAUUACGUCGGAGAACUUUGGCCGGGGUGGAAACAGACAGGUGCACUAUUUCGACUUGACUGCGUACAACGACACAGAUGUCCUGGAAGGCUGGCGCUUGUGA